CUGUCAUAGAGACAAACCAGCAGCUUCGUCUGAGUCCAGGAGAAAAAAGAGGAAACCUCCAACCCUGAAGCUUCACUCAGAGACUAAAUGGCUUCCAGAUUAGAGGAGGAUCUCUGCUGUCCGGUCUGUCAGGACGUCUUUAAGGAUCCGGUUGUUCUGUCAUGUAGCCACAGCUUCUGUAAGGAGUGUCUGAAGAAAUGGUGGAGAGAGAAAGCAGCACAAGAGUGUCCAGUUUGUAGGAAAAGAUCUUCAAGAGGUCCUCCACCCUGUAAUCUGGUUCUGAAGAACCUGUGUGAGACCUUCCUACAGCAGAGAGACCAGAGAGCUUCAGAGGAUCUCUGCAGUCUGCACUCUGAGAAACUCAAACUCUUCUGUCUGGACCAUCAGCAGCCAGUGUGCCUCGUCUGCAGAGAUUCAAAAAAACACACCAACCACAGAUUCAGACCCAUCGAUGAAGCUGCUGAGGAUCACAAGAAGAACCUUCAGGAAACUCUGGAACCUUUAAAAAAGAAACUGAAACUCAGGAAGAAAGUUCUAGAGGAGUUUGAUGAGACAGCAGAACACAUGAAGGUCCAGGCCCGACACACAGAGAGGCUGAUUAAGGAGCAGUUUAAGAAGCUUCAUCAGUUUCUAGCAGAGGAAGAGGAGGCCAGGCUGGCUGCACUGAGGGAGGAAGAGGAGCAGAAGAGUGGGAUGAUGAAGGAGAAGAUGGAGGCUCUGAGCAGAGAGAUAGCAGCUCUUUCAGACACAGUCAGAGCCACAGAGGAGGAGCUGAGAGCUGAAGACGUCUCAUUCCUGCACAACUACAAGGCUGCAGUGGAAAGAGUCCAGCGCUGCCCCCUGCUGGAGGAUCCACAGCUGCCCUCAGGAGCUCUGAUAGACCAGGCCAAACAUCUGGGCAACCUGGCCUUCAACAUCUGGAGCAACAUGGAGAACAUGGUCUCCUACACUCCUCUCAUCCUGGACCCAAACACUGCUGGUUCAGAACUCAUCCUGUCUGAAGAUCUGACCAGUUUGACUUUAGGAGAGAAACAGCAGCUUCCUGAUAAUCCAGAGAGGUUUAAAUGGUGUUCUGUCCUGAGUUCUGAGGGCUUCAACUCAGGGAACCACAGCUGGGAUGUUGAUGUUGGAGACAGUAAAGUCUGGGAGCUUGGUGUGUUAGCAGAGUCUGUCCAGAGGAAGGGAGACAUAAGGUCUGGAUGGUUGGAUCUAGAGUUCUAUGAAGGUAAAUACAAAGCACGGUCUCCUCCAUCUCCUCCCAAGUUUCUCUCAGUCCAGAAGAAUCUCCAGAGGAUCAGAGUGAAUCUGGACUGGGACAGAGGAAAGCUGUCCUUCUCUGAUCUGGACACUAACUCACACAUACACACCUUCAGACACACCUUCACUGACAAGAUGUUUCCAUGCUUCGGCACUGUGGAUAAAGUAAAAAUGCUACCGAUGAAGAUCUCAGUGAGCAAACAGCAGCUCUGAUGUUCUCAGCAUGAAGAAUACUAAGUCCAGAUGAAACCUUGAUGAU